GCAGGGGAUUCAGAAAGCAGAAACCUGCCCCUGUUCACAGACGUCACCACCACCGGAGAGGUUGGAACGGGUAACUGGAAGCACGCAGACACAGGCAGACCAUCAGGGGCGAGACAUGACAUAUUAGCGCGUCAACAACACGAGGACAAGCCGCCGCACUGCGAAGCGCAGGGGUGUCUGUCGCUGCUGCACGGGAAUGUCCAGCAGCCCUGAGGAGAAAAAAUGAAGCGCAAGAGCGAAAGGAGAAGAGCCGAGUCGAGGAAAAAGCGCUGUGCAGCUCACAGCAGCUCAGAGGCGGAGUCAAACUCUGAUAUUUACAUUGAGAUAACAGAUCAACUGUAUUUUGCCAUACUUCAGCAAAAGAUCAAGAGCACAGCUGAAAGACACUGUUUCUGCAUCGAUGAAGAACUGGCAUAUGAGAACUUCUAUGCGGACUUUGGUCCCCUUAACCUGGCCAUGUUUUAUCGCUUCUGCUGCAAGCUGACAAAGAAGCUCAAGUCCAUUACACUCUCAAGGAAGAAGAUCAUAUUUUAUACAUGUGGAGAUCAGAAGAAGCAAGCCAAUGCUGCCUAUCUAAUAGGCUCAUAUGCAGUAAUGCAUUUAAAUAUGUUGCCAGAAGAGGCCUACAGUCUGCUGGUGUCAAGAAAUUCAUCAUAUAUUCCAUUCAGAGAUGCUUCAUUUGGAACCUGCAUGUACAAUCUGAACAUCCUAGACUGUCUUCGUGGUGUGCACAAAGCUUUGCAGUAUGGCUGGCUCGACUUCUCUAACUUUGAUGUGGAAGAAUAUGAGCACUAUGAGAGAGCAGAAAAUGGAGACUUGAACUGGAUCAUUCCAGGAAAGUUCCUUGCAUUCAGUGGGCCGCAUCCAAAAAGCAAAAUAGAGAAUGGGUACCCUUUGCACGCUCCUGAGGCCUACAUCCCAUACUUCAGGAAGCACAACAUCACUACCAUCAUCAGACUCAACAAGAAGAUGUAUGAUGCCCGACGUUUUACAGACUCUGGGUUUGAACAUCAGGACCUCUUCUUUGUGGAUGGAAGCACACCGAAUGAUUCUAUUGUUAGGACGUUUCUCAACAUCUGUGAGAACGCUGAAGGAGCCAUUGCAGUCCACUGUAAAGCUGGGCUAGGAAGGACUGGUACUCUGAUUGCCUGCUAUAUGAUGAAACAUUACCGCCUAACUGCAGCAGAGGCCAUCGCUUGGAUACGGAUCUGCCGACCAGGGUCCAUCAUUGGACCUCAGCAGAACUUUGUUGAAGAGAAGCAGAACAGUCUGUGGGCAGAAGGAGAUGUUUUCCGCGAGAAGAUGCUGAAUGAACGUGAGAAUGGUAAGAUGGCUGUAACCAGGAUCCUAUCUGGAGUGGAUGACAUAACCAUCAAUGGGAGCAACAAGAACAGAGGAUCCAAGAAAGAAGAGAUGGAAAUGUACAAUGAUGAAGAGGAGAGAAAUGGCCUUACACAGGGUGAUAAAUUACGAGCUCUUAAGAGCAAGAGGCAGGCCAGAUCAUCCUCGGGUUCACUAUCACAAGAGGAGAAUAAGAUACACACCAGAUCCUCAUCACAGUCCCUGAGCGGAGUCAUCUUGCAGGCAAGUUUUCAGAGCUGUAAGACAAGUGUUAGCCCAUUGGCUCUAUCUGACCAGUCAGACAGCAGGAAAAGGACCAGAACCUCCCUUCCAGCCAAUGGAACAGGAGGAAGCUCCCUGUGCAACACCAGACUGGUCAGGUCCCUAGGCAACUUGCAUGUCGUGGCUGGUGGCAAAGACCCAAUGUGUUGUGAACCAUGUGACAGCCAUAGACAGACAGCCAGUGUCACAACCAACUUAGGCUCUCCCAUCAGCUUAAGCAUGGGACAGGUCCAUCUACAGACGUACCGUCUCCAGGGGAUGUAAAGCUCGCAGCUCUUUGCAAUCCAUUAGGUUUUCCAGGCUAUGUCACUCCAUACCCAAACCUAGAGCUCCUCUACUGCGGUGAGCCUGUGGAUCUGGAAAAUCUGAUACAUUACCUUCUAUACAGCUGAUGUGGGGGGGAAGAGACGUUACAGAAACGCCACAUGUACUUCAUUCAAAAUGUUAUGAUUACAAGCCAUUUUAUCCAUAGGACUCUUUUUUUAAAAUAUUUUUUAAACACAGACUCAUGAACUGAACUGCUAGUUUUAAUCAUUGCCUGGUUGUUUCUACUUAACUGAAGCAUGCAGUAGCAGCAUCAGAUCAAACCACAACCAUGAGACCAUUGUAUGAAUGUGUGGAUCCAGGAGAUUUCCUCCAAAAUGAGCACUGUGCAGAACUUAUUCUGAUAAGGGUUCAUGGUGGGAAAUAUUUGAUAGAAUUGGCCUUUAAUUUGUCCCGAGUCCCUGAUCUUGGGCCCUCCAUUGUGUGUUUGCCAUGGACGUAGUUAAGUCUGUUGGCAGUAAUUCCAUCACAACACAACGUGCAUUUGUACCUCUGUUGAAUAUCUGAUUUGUCUUACUUGUGAAGCUUUUCAGCUCCUGUACUUAAACUGUAAAUAUGUCAACAUUUGAUAUACUCUGUAUUUUGUAAAUUUUGUACUGUUAGAUCAUCCUAUAAAUGAGUGGGUGGUCCUAACGGGGCCUGGUCUAACUCACGUUCAUAAUCCACUAAAGACAUUUGCUUGAAGCACAUAGAAUCAUACUUUUUAAUAAAUGUAUA